UCAUGGCGAAACAUAUUGUCAUUACAUUGUGAAUAUCCAAACUUCUGGCUGGCAAUUGAAACAGUAUUUUGCUUUGUUAUUUUGUAAACAAGACUUUUAUUAAAUUAUUUAAGUUAUAUUUUUCAUAAAAUGCCGGUUAUGUAUAAUACAGGCGACUGGUUCGUAUUAAGACCAGAUACAUAUAGAAAAUUGGAUUUGCACACUCCCGACUGGCCAUGGGGUAUGGAAUUGGAUUACAUGCAAGUAUUUGGUGCACCAUUUGGUGGCCCAAUUGCAGCUAUAAGAGAUCCAACACAAAUUGUACCAGUUAAAGGCAGUGCAAAACCAAUUAUACGUUUAUUUAAUACAGCUGGAGAAGAGCUGGGCAAUAUAUCGUGGAACCACGGCAAACUAAUAACAAUGGGUUGGUCUGACACUGAGGAAUUAAUAUGCGUGCAAGAUGAUGCACUUGUUUUUAUAUACGAUAUGUUUGGUAGAGAAAAGGAGUCAUAUAGCAUGGGUCAAGAAGCUAGCAUAACAAAGAUAGUGGAUGCGAAAAUAUUCCAAUCCUCGUCUGGUACUGGUAUUGCAGUAAUGACAACUAGUGGUCGCAUUUUUGUAAAAUUAAGUAAUACUAAAGAUUUUCGCACAAGACAAUUGCCUGAAAUUCCCAAAUCUCCAUCCGAUUGCACUUGUUGGGCAAUUGUAACUGAAGAUCGUAAUAGUUACUGUUUGUUAGGGCGCGAUAACGAAGUUAUACGUCUAUUUCCGGGCGAAGCAGUUGGAACUAUUACACGUAAUCUUUUCGAUAAACCAUUCGAUCGUUUAUUACUAAUGUCCACAUCAUAUGACAAUCAAAAUUUGGCUUUAUAUACCAAUACUGGACUGUUGUGGUUAGGUUCUGUGGAUAUGAAAAAGAAGUUUUGUGAAUUUGAUACUGGACGUAAGGAUAUACCACGACAAAUCGAAUGGAUUAUGAAUACUGAAAGUAAUGCUGCUGAUGCUGUAGCGAUUUCAUAUUCCUCUUUUUUGCUUGUGGUCAAUCGUAAUGGUGAUAAGAAUCUCUUCACUUAUGAUCCAGCAAUAUUUUUAAUACCUGAAAUGGAUGGUGUACGUAUACUAACCAAUAGUGCACAUGAAAUGAUACAACAAUUGCCAAAAUGUGUGCAGAAUAUAUUUGCUAUUAAUAGUCAAGAACCAUCAAGUUUUCUUUUUGAAGCACAAAAGAAAUUUCAAGAGAAAUCUCACCAAUCCGAUGAGUAUAUAAGUUUGUUCCGUGACAAAAUGGAUGUAGCAGUUAAUGAAUGCAUUGAAGCUGCUGCUUACGAAUUCUGCACAGAAACGCAAAAGAGUUUAUUAAGAUCUGCUUAUUUUGGUAAAGGAUUUAUUCCCUCACAUAAUCCAGAAGAAUACAUGCGAAUAUUACGCAUAUUGCGUGUGCUUAAUGCAUUGCGACAUCCGAAAAUAGCAAUGCCACUUACUUUUAAGCAAUUUUUACAUUUGAAACCCGAGGUUAUCUUGGGCAGACUUGUGUUUCGUAAACAUUAUGCAGUUGCUAUACAAGUAGCGAAACACUUAAAACUACCUGAAUCGUGGAUACUAGAACACUGGGCUUAUCAUAAAGUUAUGAAUGAUAAAAAUGAUAAUGAGGUGGCGCGUAAAAUUAUUGAAAAGUUUAAAAAUCCCUCCAUCGAAGGCAUAUCAUUUUGUAAUAUUGCCGAGAAAGCACAUGCUGUUAAACGCGAUGAAUUGGCUAUAAAGCUUUUAGAGUUGGAACCUCGUGCGUCUCUGCAAGUUCCUUUGCUACUAAAAUUGGGAAAAUAUGAUCGUGCAGUACAGAGCGCAACACAGUCCAGUGAUACAGAAUUAAUUACUACUGUUUUAUUAGAAAUUAAAAAGAAAAUAAUGCUUGACAAUUUUCAUAUGAUUAUCAGAGAAUAUCCUGUGGCAUUAAAUAUUUAUAAAAAAAUCAUGAGCCAAUCUAGUCGUAUUGCACUUUAUGAAAUUUACAAUUCGGAAGAUGAUCAGAAAUCUAUAGCAGAAUAUCAUUUUGCUAAUGCCUUGGAAAGUGAUACCUUAGAAUCCCAUUUACCAGCAAUCACGAAUAGCUAUACGCAGGCUAGAAAAAAUGUUGAAGCUGAAUUAUGUUCUGAGACUGGCAAAAUAAUGAAACUGCAAAAAGUUUUGACAAAAAAAUAUGGUACUUUACAUGGACAAGUAGGUUUUUACAGUAUGUCAAUACAUGACACUGCAUUGCAAUUACUGCAAAUGGGUGAAUUGAAGGAAGCUGAAAAAAUCAAAAGUGAUUUCAAAAUUCCAGAUCGUAGAUGGUGGUGGCUGCGGAUACAAACAUUAUCAGAAAAAUUCAAAUGGGAAGAUUUAGAAAAGUUUGCUAAGAGCAAGAAAAGUCCCAUAGGCUAUGAACCUUUUGUUAAAGUAUGUCUUGCACAAAACAACUUGCACGAAGCCCGUAAAUAUAUAUUAAGAUGUCGAGAUGAUCGUAAAGUGCAUUGCUAUAUACGUGCUGAAUUAUAUGAGGAAGCCUCUGAAGCGGCUUUUGAACAACGUGAUCUCAACUCUUUAUAUGUUAUACAACAGAAAGCAAAUUCAACGGGCAAUCGAAUGUUGCUUGAGAAGAUUAGUGCGCAAAUUGCAAUAUUAUCAUCAAAAAAAUAAUUAAAAAUUCGUAUAAAGCAUUCCAAUAUAUAUUAGAAAAAGAGAUUAAAUGAGAAAAGAAUUAUUGUGAAUUAUAUUAAAAAUAAUA